CACAGAAAACACACCGAUUAUAUCUCCCACGUUGCCUGGCUGCAACCGCAAUUCAGUCUAUCAGUGUUCACUUUUUUUUGUUUCAACAUGGUCCUGAAGAUCCACCCAGAAAGGGAGUGGAAGAACGUAUCAUAAAAAAUUUCAUUUCAGACAAAUGUUUGGAAUUAUCAACAAAUGAGCAUAUUAGUGCUCAAAGUGAAGUUAGUAUCUACAAAUACUUUCUUGCCAAUGAACAAGUGGGGCAAUGGAGGGAUGGGACCAUCAUACCCUAUGACCAUGAGCUCCAGAGAUGGCAUCGGAACCCACAAGCUGUGAAGUUCUUCGUUUUGAGCGACGCGUAUAAUGAGCCAGCAACUAAACUGGAAUUAUACAAGAACACUGAUGAGCUUGUGCAGUCUGGUGGCUCCAGGAGUUGUAUGACUCCCAUCUUUACAACAUACAAUCCCAAUCUAAAGAAGAUGAUUAUCUGCUUUCCUUAUUUUUCGGAGUUUUUCUCGGAAUGGGCUGCUGACUACAAGGGUGAUGGUUCGAACUGUCUGCCUGAAAUUCUGAAAGAUAUGAUAAGGGACUUGUUGAUUUUGAUGUCAAAAACAAGUGUGAGGGGAUUAGACGAUCUAUCUUCCUACAUUUGUAUCAGAGCUAAGUUAUCUUCAAAUAACAACAAUAAAUAUCCCAAUGCUGGAAAGCGAGAAAUCUUGAAAUUCAUUAGGUUUCCUUUAAGUGGAAAGGAUCCAAAUGAGCAUCAAAUGCGUACAAGUUUUGCUGCAUUAUUUCGGAAGAACUUACCAGGAGAAUGGUUUGGUCGGGAUUUCAUGUUAUUUACGGAGAUGAUGGGAGGUGUGGUGUACAGCCUACAGGUCGUAACAGAUCACCCAGUAUUAAAGUGUGGUGCUGGUAUUGUCAAACUGAUCAGAGCGUGCUUUCGUGAAGAUUUGCGUCCUAGGCAGAUAGGAAUCUUAGAGAGGGUCGUUGACAUUGCCAAAUACGGUGGUCAGUCUUGGCACGCCCGUCUGAUACAUUAUCCAAUUUUGUUGGCCAUGAGUCGCUAUCGCACUGAAUCAUCGGAUAGCUAUGAUCUUCUAUGGUUCGCAAGAAAAGCAACUGCUCACUAUAAGGAAAACCUCAAUGCUGAAUUGAGAAGCGGUACAAUACAGAGAUGUCCUUUCAACAACAUACACCCAAGUUUCAUUGUUAUGACAUUGUAUCCCGGGCUGGUCUCCGAUUUGUAUGAGCUGUAUUUGAAUCACGAAUAUCUCAACGUGAUAGUGUAAAGACAAAUUUCAGUAUUUGAAGCUGCUUCAGUUGGCGGUCCUCCUGACCAUCUUAGCUUUGCGUGAUUGUCCACAUUUGGCAUGCGGAGAAAAGGAAUGGAGCACAUGAAAAAUGAGAAUCAUGUGGGGAAAAAGCAAAAUGAAGAGGGACAUCCUAACAAAUGAGGUGAGAAUGGUAGAACUCAAGUAAAGAACAAUGAUAUGAAAUGAGUAGUCUCAAAACCUGUAACCAUCUGCCUGAUCUUUUACUGAUGUUCCAGCAUUGUAGUGAAAAGUUAAUAAUUUGUGUUCUUUAACAGUGUUAAUCCCGUCACUAUGUUUGUAUUCUGCAGAUAUUUGGAUCUAGUAACCUUGAUAUUUAGUGAGAAAUGGUUUUAAAAGUUGUGA